CCUGUGUAUACGCAAGUUUAAUCAAGGACAAUUGUUUUACGAAUUUAUGUUGUUUAGUAGUUUUGGCUUCAAAUAUUUGAAAGCAAGUCAGAGAUCACUCUCUCUCUUGGAUCAAUGUUUCAAUCUCAAACAACUCAAGCAAAUUCAAUCACAUCUUACCGUUUCAGGCACCCUUUGGGACCCCUACGCUGCCGGCAAAACCAUUUCCUUCUGUGUGGCCUCCGACCUUGACCAUGGCCAUUGCCAUCUCUCUCAUGCUUACACACUCUUCCUCUGUCUUCCGUAUCGAACAACCUUCAUCUGGAACACCAUGAUCAGAGGCUUUGCUGAGAAAAAUGAACCCAUCAAAGCCUUAUCUUUGUAUAAGCAAAUGGUUAUCUCUAACUUCUUGCCUAACAACUACACUUUCUCGUUUGUGCUCAAAGCUUGUGCUGAACUCUCGGAUUUGUUAACGGGUUUAGUAUGUCAUGCCCAAGUUAUUAAAUUGGGUUGGGGAUCUUAUGAUUUUGUUUUGAAUGGAUUGAUUCAUUUUUAUGCUUCUUGUGACUGCAUUGACCCAGCUAAGAAAUUGUUUGAUACCAAUGUGAAUCGGGAUGUCAUUACGUGGACUUCUUUGAUAAAUGGGUAUGUGAAGUCUGGCGAAGUUUUGGUUGCACGCCGACUGUUCGAUGAAAUGCCGCAGAAGAAUGUGGUUUCUUGGAGUGCGAUGAUUACUGGGUAUGUGCAAGUUGGGCUCUUUAAGGAGGCUUUGGAACUUUUUACUGAAAUGCAGAUUUGUAGGUUUAGGCCCAAUCAUGCUGGGAUCGUUGGCGCGCUUACAGCUUGUGCUUUUUUGGGGGCUUUGGAUCAAGGGAGGUGGAUACAUGCUUAUGUUGGUAGAAAUGGGAUAGAAUUAGAUAGAGUGUUGGGAACUGCUCUUAUUGACAUGUAUUCAAAGUGUGGCUGCAUUGAAACGGCUAGUUUUGUGUUUGAAGGCAUGCGAAAUAGGGAUGUCUUUGCCUUUACCUCUUUGAUUUCGGGGUUAGCGAAUCAUGAUCAGAGUGCUUGUGCAAUAGAGUUGUUUGCAAGGAUGGAGAAGGAAGGAGUUGUACCCAAUGAAGUUACAUUUAUAUGCGUCCUAAAUGCAUGUAGUCGAAUGGGGUUGGUUGAUCAAGGGUUGAGAAUUUUUAACAGUAUGAGUGAGAUUUAUGGGAUUGAACCAAGAGUUCAACACUAUGGCUGUUUGGUGGAUCUAUUGGGGAGAGCUGGGAUGCUAGAAGAGGCAAAAAGGGUGGUCAGAGAGAUGCCUUUGAAUCCUGACAAUUAUGUAUUGGGUGCAUUGCUCAAUGCUUGUAGAGUUCAUGGUGAUGUUGAGUUGGGGAAGGAAACGGUGGAGAGCUUAGUUGAACGGAGUCUUGACCAUGGAGGGGUUCAUGUGCUUCUAUCAAACAUAUAUGCGUCUGCUAACCAGUGGGAGGGGGUGGCAAAGGUGAGGAAAGGAAUGGGAGAUAAGAAUGUAAGAAAGGUGCCAGGAUGUAGUUUGAUUGAAGUGGAUGGUUUGGUUUGUGAAUUUGUUUAUGGAGAGAGAUCGCAUAUGCUUAUGGAGGAGAUUGAAUUUUUGUUAUUUGGGAUUGACAAGCACUUGAAAUCUCUUUGCUUCAGUGACGAUAUUGAUGACGACAAGAUCAUUGAAAGAGGAAAUCUACAUAACCAUCAUUAAGGUUUAGCUCCCUUGUAGUGAUGAAUUUUUUAGUCUACAGGAACCAUUGGUAUGUUUUGUUAUAAGAUAUUGCCAUCGUUAAGUUGAAUUAAGAAGAAGAGUUCUAUUCUGGGGGUGAUAAUUAAACUGGAGGUUGAGGAUUGAGAAAGCCAUUGAAGUGACAAUGUUUAACUAAUUAUAAGCAUGAUGGAUCUGCUAUAGGCUAUAACUCAACGUACAUAAUUAUGGAUAAAGAAAUUCUUUUCAUUCUUGGUGGUUUCAUUUGAUAUCUAAUCCCAAUAAUUCAAUUCCAUAUUUACCAUGAGAAGGAUAUUGUAGCCCACAUACAGAAAAUUUAUUGAAAAUAACAAUAAAUUGUUCUUAAACUGUUUUG